CCAUGUGUGCUUACACUGCAUAAUAGAGUAAUGCUUCUUCUUCCGCGGUCAGCUUUUGUCCUCGCCGAGGUCAUCUUUUCUUAGUGACUGUCCCAGUGAAUGAAGAGAGGGUGAUUGCAGUGACGUGACCGCACAGCUGAUCGGGCGAUAACGAGGCAGACAAGCAUUCCGCUAUGUGCGCCCGGGAUGUUUUUGUGAUGUUACCAAGCCAAAGAUCCACAAAGAAAGAGCUUCAGGAACAUUACGACUGUUCUGGAAGAAGAACGGGUUUCUCUCUCAUCUUGUACAUCUUGUGCUGCUGGUCUUGCUGUGAGGAAACGAGGAUGAAAUCAACAUGAUUAGCACCGAUGGCCUCCCUAAAUGCAAGGCGACCUGGCGCGAGACUGGGAAAAGGCCACAGGCGGAGAUGUUGCACCUUCUGUCCGCUGUCAUUGUCUGGCUUGUGACGGGGACAACCAUCUCCAGUCUUAACAAAUGGAUUUUUGCAGUGUACAACUUCAGGUACCCCUUACUGCUGUCGGCCCUGCACAUGUUGACAGCGAUAGUGGUGGACUAUGGGCUUAUUAAACUGCGAAUGCUCCAGCAAAACGGUGGGGUUGACAACCAGAAGGACCUUACCACCAGCGCCAAAUGCAAGGUGUUUCUAUUGAGCUUGACAUUUUGUGCCAGCAUCGCAUUUGGCAACGUGGGUCUGAACUAUGUCCAGCUAUCAUUUGCCCAAAUGAUCUACACCACCACGCCAAUCUUCACCCUGGCCAUCUCCACUCUGAUCCUGGGCAAGCAACACCACAUCCUCAAAUACACAGCCAUGAUGCCCAUCUGUCUGGGAGCCUCGUUCAGCAUCAUGGGCGAGGUCCAGUACGACCAGACAGGCUGCUUCUUCGUAUUCGCUGCGACAAUGUUGAGAGGUGUCAAAUCCAUCCAGCAAGGUAUCUUGCUCCAGGAGGAGAAAAUCAACUCUGUGUUCCUGCUGUACCUGAUGUCUAUCCCCAGUUUCUGCAUCCUGGCCGUAGCUGCUCUGGCCCUGGAGAACUGGGCCGUGCUGGAGUCUCCAAUGCACUACGACCACAACCUGUGGCUCUUCAUUCUGCUCAGCUGCCUGGGCUCUGUCAUGUACAACCUGGCCAGCUGCUGCGUCAUAACCCUCACCUCCGCCGUCACCCUGCACAUCCUGGGCAACCUGAGUGUGGUGGGCAACCUGCUGCUCUCCCAGCUGCUGUUCGGCAACGAGAUGUCAGCGCUCAGCUGUGCCGGUGUGGCUCUUACUCUCUCUGGCAUGCUCAUCUACCAGAACUCUGAGUUCAUCUCCAACUACCUGGAUGCACGGCGAGCUAAAGCCAGGGAGCUCAGCCGAGUGAGGGAGGAGGAUAUUGCAUUCCAACCGCCCCCCCAAAACCAGCAGGAGAGGGUAGACGCUGCCGGGAAACGAGAGGACAAGAUGGACUGAGAGAGAGAGCGAGGGGGAGAGAGAGAUUUCCUGUCCUUGGGGUUAGUUAAGUCAGGUGGUUCUGUGGAGAGGUUCAGGAAAUGGUCUGUGACCUCAUGAUGUCAUAGUUGAUGAUGACGACAUGAGUGACAGAACUUGUUUGGUUGGUUGUUUUUACCUCUUCACUGUGCCAAUGUAUUUAUUUCAGCCAUGGUCUCAUGGAACAGAAGUCAGCUGACUAAAAAAACAGAUGCCUUUAGGAAAGGGACAGUUGAGUCUGUACUGUUCUAAUACUCAUACAUGCACACAUACUGGUAUGCAUGCAUGAGAACACAAACUAUGUGAUACAUCUCAUGAGAUAUCACGCACUGUUACUCACACUACUCCACUGUGAAAAUGUUCUCUCUGAGUGAGUGCUCAGUGGGAUGGUUGGGUGGGAAGGACUAGGAACACUGCUCUUAUGGAUAGAAACAAAUACGUUUUAAAAACGUAUGGUAAUGUUACCUAACCUUCCCCUGGUCUCGUAUCACUGGGAAAGAGGUUUUCUGGCAGCUUUUAUUUGGGGAUCUUAAAAUGGGUGUUCCGCAUUUGUUAUAGUGCUAUAGCUUUUGUCUAGAUGAAGUUUACAAACAUUCAAGCUAACAGGUUCAGCAUAUCAUAUCUCCUGGCUGUUUGUAGGCAUGGCGGCCAAUAAGCCACAAUGUUAUUAAUCUACUGCAUAGUGAGGCAUAGAUCUGAGGGGAGCCACCUUGUCCCACUCAACGACCCCUUAUUGCAUUUCCCUUCAUUUCCUCUUAAUAAAAGGAACCUAUUAUAAUCAUUUUAAUAACCUCCUACCUUUACAGCAGUUCUCACUGCAGCAAAUGUCUAUUAUAAGGCCUAUCCACUCUCUAAGGAGUCUCACUCAUCUUUAGCACACUCCAUUAAAAGUAUUUCAUCAUUCUCUCCUUACCGCCACUCGAACAGAAAUGUCUUCUCCACUCAGAGGGUGCCACAUUACAUUUAGUCUUUAUAACUGACCUCUGCUGGACAGUGUUAUUGUAACUCCAUUUGAAUUUUUGAAUAUUUAUGAUGCAGUGUUAUUUCUUUCAUUUAUUUUUUAUUCUGUAAGUAACACUUUUUUUGUCCUCUUUAUGAUUCUUACACAGUACAAAGAGGAAGUUAUUGGAUUUCUGUUUACUAAAUUGAAUACAAAAGCUGUAGUAUGUCUCUUACCAGAAUUGACCUUGAUCAGAAACUAAAACUACUUAUUUGAAGUUGGAAAGCUCUUGCAUGAUGUGUCCAGAGCACUGACAUAGGUCAGAAGUCACUCAGUAACUGGAGGUCUAGUCAACUGGUCUGUCACUUGGCCAACUAAUGUACACUACCUUUCAACAUUUUGCAGUCACUUAGAAAUGUCCUUGCUUUUGAAAGAACAACUAACUUCUUUAGAUUAGUUGAGUAUCUGGAGCAUCAGCAUUUGACGGUUCGAUUGCUGGCUCAAAAUGGCCAGAAACAAAGACUUUCUUCUGAAACUCGUCAGUCUAUUCUUGUUCUGAGAAAUGAAGGCUAUAUAUACCAUGCGAGAAAUUCUCAAAAACUGAAGAUCCCGUACAACGCUGUGAGCUACUCCCUUCAGCACAAACUGGCACUAACCAGAAUAGAUAUGAUAUGAUAUGUUUCCAUGAGAUGCCAUCUUAACUGACUUAAUUUUAAAAAUAUAUUUUUUUACCCCUUUUUCUCCCCAAGUCUUGUCUCAUCGCUGCAACUCCCGUAGGGACUCGGGAGAGGCGAAGGUUGAGAGCCGUGCGUCCUCCGAAACACAACCCAACCAA